AUCGGCGGCAUUUAUUUAAACAUUCUCCGUGAAAGAUACAAAACUAUGUCUGGCUCUAAGUUACUUUUUAGAUCAUACAUAAGGUCGAUACAAUCAACGAUUUUAUUUCUAACCUUCAGGACGGUUGUUGUGUCAGAAGAAGUGUGCAAUGAGACCGUCAUGGCGUGUUGUUCGGGAUUUUUUUGGAAUUCAGAGACCAACGGAUGCGAGAAUUGUAAGCCAGGUUACACGGGACUCAACUGCACAAUACAAUGUCCUUAUCCCACUUACGGAGACAAAUGCCAAGGAGUUUGCAACUGCAGCACUGAAAUAUGCGAUAUGUCCUGGGGCUGUAAAAAUCUUACAACUCUUAUUACGGGAAGAACUGGUAAGGAAUAUGUCACAAAUUACAAAACAUAUAUUUCAGGAAAAUCUUUAGAAACAACAAUGCCGAAUUUGAUACAUCCGAAAUCAAAAGAAAUAUUGCUUCCUUUUAUUCAAAUUAUCGGCUGUGUAGACAUCAUUUUAUUAUGUGCUUACUUGGCAUUGUGUAUCCAUGAUCGAACUGGACAAGAAAAAACAAUGGACACAUCAUCACCGCGACAACAUGUUCCGGGACGCAGUACUGCAUAUGAAAAUAUUGAAUUUGCUUCCUUCUCUGUGUCAGAAAUGAACUGAUGUUUUUUUUUCUUUUAUAUAUCUUGUAAAAAAAACUAACCGAAAUGUCUACAUAAAAGCGAACUUAGCUGGUAGAACAUAAGAGAAAAAAAGGCACAACAAAAGAUAAUUUAACUGCAAAACGCCUUAUUCAUUCAUUUAUUGAAAUAUGUACUAGAUCAUGUGUUUGAAACCCGUUAAACACACAAAACAGAAUAUGUUCUAGAGCGUGUGUAAAAGUAUGUUUCAAACGCGUUUUCACAAAAAAACAGAACUGUACGCGAGAUAAUAUUUCGGAUAGAUUUUCUAAUUGGUAUUUAUUGUCAUCUAAAAGUGGAUUUUUAACAAUUUAAAAGAAAUCAUUUUUAUCAAAUGU